GAGAGAAUGCUUCUGGAACAUGGCCACACAGCCCGAAAGACAUACAACAACCCUGUGAUCCCGGCCAUGAAAGCCUUCGACAACACAUUUUGGGGGUGGUUUGAACCCUAAACCGCUCCUUGGCUACGGGCAUGAGAGAGGCCCAGGACCUCUCUGGCUGAGCUGCUUAAAGGUCCCUCCGUAAACUACAAGCCCCAGAAUUCUGCGGGAAGGAGGCAGCCACGGGAUUUAAAGAGACAGAUGCUCUGUGGAUGAGGCCCAGUGUAUGUGAAGAGGAAGCGACUAUCUUUCUGCAGAAGGGGCCCAACCUGAGGCUUCUCUCACUUAGAACGGCAGUGGGCGCCAGUCAACAACGAGGAAGAAGAGGAGGAGGAAGAGGGACGGCUCAGCCCCGCCUUCCCCGCCUCUGUGGGCUGGAAGGGCCUCCGCCAGUUGAGAGGAAGGUAAGGCCAGGGCCCUUCCCGCAGUGGGAUUAUUAGCAAGAAGCUCUGGAAUGGGAGGAAGGGAUGCCAGCAGUUAUCUGGUAAAUCAUCAAGAAGUAUCAAUACAGGUUUCAUCUUCCGUGAAGUAAUACAGUGUUCCAGUGCAAGCGGGUCUUAAAGGCAGUGAUUUGGCCAGAUGCAUGCAGCGUCUCCAGAUGGCACAGAACAGAAGACAAUGCUGGCAGAAAGUGUUAUACAAGAGGCAGCCGUUUCCUGAUAACUAUGUGGACCGAAGUUUUCUAGAGAAGCUACGCAAAAAUAUCCAUGCACGUAAAUACCAGUACUGGGCAGUCGUAUUUGAAUCUGGACUGGUGAUACAGCAGCUGUGUAGUGUGUGUGUCUUUGUUGUCAUCUGGUGGUACAUGGAUAUGGGAUUGCUAGCUCCCCAAUGGUUAUUUGGAGCUGGAUUGAUCUCUUCCCUAAUUGGUUAUGUCAUCUUUGAUGCAGUUGAAUCAGGAAUAGGGAAAAGUCAGAGUGACCAGUCACAGUGGGCUGAUCUGAAAAAUGCUGUGGUAUUUUUGGCCUUCACCUAUGGCUUCUCUCCAGUACUGAAGACUUUAACAGAGUCCAUCAGCACAGAUACGAUUUACGCUAUGUCUGCUGUAAUGUUGCUAGGACACUUGAUCUUCUAUGACUAUGGAGCCAAUGCUGCUAUUGUGUCCAGUACACUGUCUCUCAAUAUGGCCAUCUUUGCUUCUGUCUGUUUGGCCUCACGGCUGCCUUGCUCCUUACAUGCCUUUGUCAUGGUGACAUUUGCUAUCCAGAUAUUUGCCCUGUGGCCUAUGCUACAAAAGAAGCUCAAAGCCCAGACUCCACAUUGCUAUAUGGUGAUUACCUUGCUCUUUGCUAUGUCUGCCUUGAUGGGAUUGCUGACCGUCUCCAGUGUUGGUACUGUUCUUUUUGCCCUCCUUCUGGUCUCCAUCUCAUGUUUAUGUCCUUACUGUCUCAUUAGGCUUCAGUUGUUUAAAGAUAACAUCCAUGGACCAUGGGAUGAAGCUGAAAUUAAAGAAGACCUUUCCAAAUUCCUCAUGUAGACCAAGCCAGUAUGUUUGUGGUUAUAUUCUUGAUCAUUUUCAGAUUGCAGCAUAAUGUAUUUCAUUUUGUUUACAGUUCUGGACAGUAAAGAUUUAACAACCAUUA